UUCAUCUCUUACACUUAUUACAUAAAAAAGACUCAAAAAUUACAAAUUUUACACCACAAUAUGAGUAUAUUUGCACUAUAUCAGGAUCCUUUGCGCGGCGAGCGGCUUAAGAUAUCGGGCUAUAAUAUCGGAUCGAAAAUGAUCCCAGAAGAAUUUGACAUUUCCGAUCCCAUUUUGCUGCGACUCCUCCUCUGUUUGAUAAUAGUAAUUCACGAUGCCUUUCACAUGUUCCUUUGUUGCCGUCAGUUGAAAUUAUGUGAGAAAUCCAAGGAUCCGCCGCCAGAAAUGGAAGGGGUCAUGUCGCAAGAUGCUUUCAAGGCCUCCAAGGAUAAGCAAUUUCAUUCCUUAUAUCUGGAGAUGUUCAACCUAAUAAUGGAUGUGAUAUAUAGCUGCCUCGAUUUGUAUCUUUGCACUUUGCCGUAUCUCUGGGAGUUGACGGUGGGUUGGUACGCUAAUGCCGAUUUAACCUGGCUGAAUGUCACUUUUAUGACGCUGUUUUCCACCUAUCUUGUGAUUCGAAUGUUGCCAGCUCUAUUUUAUGAGAAACUCUUCUUGAAUCCUAAAUAUCAUGAGGAUCGUGAAGAUACUCCGCCUCUGUUGGGUUUAAUAUGCGCCUUGGCUUUUUUCGUGGUUUUUCUGCAGAUUGGAAUUAUUCCGGUGACUGCGAUUUUCAUGGCUUUGGAGGCCGAAAGCGUUUGGUACUUCAACCUGUUCGUUUGGCUUCUUCUGGUAGUCGGAUCCCUACUCCUGUUGGUCGCCGUCGGACUCUUCGGAGUGCCCUGCAUCGGCAAGAGUCGCGAGUUGAAGGAUUCGGAUAGAAGUGAGAGCUUGCGAAAGGUGCUGACUGAUCUCAAAUUUCCGGGUCGCGUUUACGCGGUGUACACUUUUCAUGUGGGCAGACCGACUGCCUGGGUGAUGGGAUGCUUCUGCUGUCUGCGUCUGGAUAUCCACGAUAAUCUCACUCUGAACCGGGGACUGGGUUCGACUGAUCUGGCCUUUAGCCAUGUGGGAGAAGGCCUGAAUGACGAGCAGUUGGCCGCGUUUGUGGCCCACCAAUUGGCCCACUGGCAUCUGUGGCACUCGGUGAAAACCUUGGUCAUGAUCCACCUCAGUCUGCUGGUAUAUCUGGUGUUGUUUGGAUUCAGCUACAAGUGGAGUACUCUCUACAAGGCAGCAGGCUUCUCGAAAUUGUAUCCCUGUGUCGUCGGCUUUUGGCUGGUUUAUAAGUACCUAAUGCGGCCAUUUCACACCUUAACCACCUGGAUAGUCUUAUUCUUCAUCCGGCACUUUGAGUACGCCGCAGAUGCCUAUAUCGUCAAGCGGGGCUAUGGUGAGGGAAUAAGGUCCGCCCUUCUGAAGCUCUUCUCUGACGAUUUCGAGUUCCCCUAUGUGGACCACUGGUACCUCAUGUGGCAUCUCUACCGACCUUCUGUGCUGCAGCGAAUCCUAAAUCUAGAGCGAUUAGAACACAAGCAGAGGGUCUCUAGGUUAUCGCUAGUUUAAAGGGUUUUUAUAUCACAUAUAAUCUUUUGGGAAAUGGGUAUGAUAUAUUAUUAGGGAAUUUUAACCAAAAAUAAUUCAAAAUUAAAUAUUUGGUACUUGAUAUUAUGCUAAAAUAAAAAGAAAAUCA